UUGAAGCAAAGCAGAGCAAGGAGUGAAUUUCGAGUUUGGACCAGCUGUGGAAAAGUUGAGGGGGAUGAGGAUGUUGCGAAACGCAGAGGGAAGUCUCUUGGGAUGAGACGCCCCCUCCUCACUGCACCUCGGGUGGGCGCCCCCCUUAAGCCCCUCCAUCCUGCCUCCUGGGUUCGGGCAGUCCGUCUCCUUUCCUGCCUCAGCCCGCUCCCAGCCACCCUCCUUUUUCCAGUGACCCCGGCAGGGAAGUUUUUCCUCUUUCUCCCCUCGCUUUUCUUCAGGAAUUAGAGCCCCGAUUCCCAGACAAGACACGCCCACUCUGGGACUCGGCAUCCUCGGUGCCCGUCUGCCUCCGGCUGUGCCAGGUCUCGCCACCCCCUUCCUCGGCGCAGCCUGGGCUCAGCCGGCUCCCCGUCCCGCCAUGGAGGUGCUGGAGAGCGGGGAGCAGAACCUGUUGCACUGGGAUCGCAAGCUCAGCGAGCUGUCAGAGCCCGUGGACUCCGACAGCCUGAUGUACAACACGCAUUUCACAGAGCUUCUGGAUGAGUUUUCCCAGAAUGUCCUGGGCCAGCUUUUGAAUGACCCCUUCCUCUCAGAGAAGAAUGAGAUGAUGGAAGUGGAGACAUCUCCAGCCUCCCCUGCUCCUCUCAUCCAGGCAGAACACAGCUACUCUCUGUGUGGGGAUUCCCGGCCUCAGUCCCCACUCACUCACAUUUCUAAUGAAGAUACCUUCAAUGAAGCUAAUCUGGCCAGUGAGGAAUGGUGCCUGACUUCAACGACUAUCAAGACAGAACCCAUCCUAUGUGAAUCCCCUGGUCUUGUCCCAUCGGUCACUCUGACUAUCACUACAGCUCCUCCGCCUCUCAGCAGUGAGGAUCCCCAACUGCAGGAUGAUGAUGAGGUCAAGUCUCCAAGUCUGAAAAUCCUUCCCAAGAUUAAAUUGGAGCCUCAUGAAGUGGAUCAGUUCUUGAAUUUCUCUUCAAAGGAAGUGGUGGAACACCUGCAUCUCCCCCCCACACCUCCCAGCAGUCAUGGCAGUGAUUCUGAGGGCAGCCAGAGCCCUAGCCCAUCCCUGACGCCAUCUAGCCCCACCCAAGGGCCAGGAAAGGUGACAUCUCGUUCAGCCUCAGCCCUGUCCAAUUCCCCUCUUCUGACAGCACCUCAUAAACUCCAGGGAUCAGGCCCCCUGAUCCUGACAGAAGAGGAGAAGAGGACACUGAUUGCUGAAGGAUACCCUAUCCCCACCAAACUGCCCUUGACAAAAGCAGAGGAAAAGGCUCUGAAGAAAAUCAGGAGGAAAAUAAAAAACAAGAUUUCUGCCCAGGAAAGUAGGAGAAAGAAGAAAGAAUACAUGGACAGUUUAGAGAAAAAGGUAGAGUCUUGUUCAAAUGAGAACAUGGAGUUGAGGAAGAAGGUGGAAGUUUUGGAGAAUACUAACAGAACUCUCCUGCAGCAGCUACAGAGGCUCCAGUCUCUGGUUGUGGGCAAAGUUUCCCGUUCCUGCAAAGCAGCCAGCACUCAGACAGGCACUUGUCUCAUGGUCGUUGUGCUAUGUUUUGCUGUUGUGUUUGGCAGCUUUUCUCAGAGCUAUGGGCCCUAUCCCUCUGCUACCAAGAUGGUCCUUCCAAGCCAACAUUCUACUCCAGAGUCAUACACAGCCUCUAUUGUGAGAUCCAGGAGUCUGCUGAUCUAUGAAGAACCCCCUCCAUUGGAGGAGUCUCAGAGCCUUGGGUUACCUGGGGAUCGAGGGGACGCUGAGGACAGAGAAAGAGGGCCCCCAAUCCUUGGGAUGUCCAUGUUGGAGCCAAGACCCAGGACCGAAGAGACUGAUGUUGCUCAGUUCAGGAUAUCAAAUGAGAUGAGAUUAGAGAAGUCGGUAUUAUUAGAACUUGGGCAGCACAGGGUCAGCUCCAAACUGGAGACAAAUGAAACACUUAAAGUCAUUGAAAUUGACAGAAGAGUCAAUGCUACUUUUUAAAGAGUUUCUUCAUCUCCCCUUCUUACUCACCUCCUUUUUCCCUCCCUUCACUUUUCUCAUUGAACAGAACCUACCCAACCUUAUUUUAGCAUCAGGGUCAGGGGAUAGGUAGCAAUCCAGCAAUCAUGCCAAGAAGUCAUUCCCUCGCCCUCAGCAUUGUGGCAAGACCAGUCUUAGAGGAAGAGAUGAGUCUCUUUGAAUAGGGUCCCCAGUCUCAGAAAAGAGAACUCCCCAGGUCUCUUUAUAGGAAGUGGUUGACCACUCUCUAUCUGGCUUGUCUAGGUGUUUAGUCUUGGGGUGGGUGGGUGGAUGGGUGAGAGUUCAAACUGAAGUUACCAGGAUGAAGCUUGACAGCUUUUAAGAGAAUUGUUAGGAAAACAUUCGUCUUCUCAAACUACUCUCUUUAUACCUUAAUAUUUAUCUUUCUUUGACUACCCUCCUCUUCUCCAUACUACAGGUAUAAUACAUAAGAGAAGGAGGCUUUCCUAUUCUAGACCUUCUUGUCUAUUCUUGUUGCUUGUAGUUCCUUCCUCCCCCUUCCCCCUUUAUCCAUAUGCCCAGAGUUCUACCUCCUGAACUUCUCCUUGUUGUAAAUAGUAUUUAUUAGCUUUCUGAGGCUUCCCUCUGGCAGCCAAACUGAAGAGAUUAGAUGCCUCCCCUCAGCUUAGCCAGAGACUUGGAUUGAAUUGAGCUUUGGCAUUGAGAGCUUUUGGCGUGAGAGGCUCUGAAUCCUGCCCCUUCCCCACCCUUCUUCCUACUCCCACUUCCCAGCCCUAGUUUCACUUUUUUUUUUAAUUUUAAUUUUUAAAAAUCUUAAAUCUGUAAGAAAAUUACAGGUCAAGAGCAACGCCUUAGGCAUGUAACUUUCAGAUACAGAACACCAAACUCGGCUUCUUUCUAGACAUACUCACCUGGGCUCCUAUGGUCCAGGAAUAGGUUUUUUUCACUGUGUCUUUAUGAGGAGAGUCUAAAGUCCUGUCUCUGGGACUUGGGACUCCUGACCAUUGCUUCUUAACUUUUCUUGGGCUUUCUGCUCCAUUGACUCUACCUGUACAACAGGUACCUUAAGUUUUCUCACACUGGUGAAGCAGAUGACUUUGGGCACCUGUGUGUUUGUUUGUUUUCUUUCUAGGGAAUCUUUGGCUACUCUGCCCCACUUAUCCAAAGAGACCUAAUUUAAUUGACCUUUGUGCCUUUAUUAUUAUUUUUUUUAUGAUUUAAAAUAAACUCUUUAUAAAAGAAAAAAAAUUCUCCCCUUUCUCAUAUGAAUAGGUAAUGAAAAUUGCCUUUUUAAUUGUACAAUAAUAUAUCAAGCUCUCUUUAAUUUUUUUUUUAGCUUGUAAAAUAUUUUUUUUAGGGAAAAAAAAACCAUUUUCAUUUAGUAUUUACAUCUAAAACCUCUCUUUCUUUGCUUCUUUUGUCCCAUCUGUUCAUUCUGUUAUUGCAUGCCAUAUUUAAGAGAGAUUCUCAGAAUGAUCUGUGGACCUCCAAUCCAAUAACGGUAACAGGAUUUGACAUUAUUAACAUUCCCUGUCCUAUCUUGUAAAUGGAUUCCUGUUUUCUCUGCUCUGGUCCAUUUGGGGAUCUCAGGUGUUCUUCCUCUGCCCCUACUCUACUGCAUAUACCCUAAGUUCCUGCUUUUUAUUCUCAUACCAGAUGUUUGAUCCUACAUUUUAGCAUCAUAGAUUGUUAAGCCAGAGCAGGUCUUUAAAAACCCAUCUCUCUGGGCCCUGGGUUUUAUUAAUAGGAGUCAGGGAAGAGGAGGGAGAAGAGAAGUAAGAUCAUUUUUGAUUCUUUCUCCUCUUUGAAUUUUAAUUAAACAUUUGGAAGUUCAAAACUUGGGAGUGAUCUUAAAAAUUGUCUAACCCCCUAAUUCUUACAGAUGAAGAAAUUGAGGCUAAGUGAACUUACAAAGCCACACAGGCAGGGCUAGAAUGGGAACCUAUUUCCUGGCUCUGAUCCAACAUUCAUCAUGUCAUACUACUCAGCUGAGGGAUGGAGUUAAACAUAACUCAGGGGAUUUUAAAAGAAAUUCCCAGUUUUGAAGGAAUGAAGUGAGACGACAACCCAGUGCGAUGAUCUCCAUCUACAAGGACAUCUUGGAUGUCAAUGAUCACUAGUUGUGACUAAUAGUGGAAGAAUCAUUAUUUUGGGAAAAAGAAGCUGAUUUUCAGUGAAGAUUGGUUUUAAGGAUUUUUCCUGUCUUCUGCUUUAUCCUCACCACCUCUCAUUCCUCUUUCCCUCAUCUAUCAAUGAUGGGAAAACCAGAUGACAGUUUUGCCAACAGUAAAUCGUGUAGCAUUGUUUUUACCAGUGGUUCCAGUGAGUCUUGAUCUGCUUCUGGUUGCCUUCGAGUGCCCUACUACCUAGCAGUAUCUAGAAGAGUCCUUGGCUGAAAGGCUAAAGACUGAUGUACAAGUCUAGGUUACUCACUGUAUGUUAAUGACAAGUUCCUUAAAAUUCUUUAAACCUUUGUUUCCUCAUCUGUAAAAUUCCUGUACUGCCUACCUCACAGGGUUGUUGUGAGGAUCAAAUGAGAUAAUGUAUGUAAAGCGCUUUAUAAACCUUUUAAGUGUAAUGUUGUAAAUGUAAGCUAUUAUUAUUAUUAUUGUUGUUGUUAUUGUUAUUAUUAUUAUUAUUAAGUAGCUUAACAAGCAUUCUAUUAAGGGGCUCCAUGGGCUUCAUCAGACCAGGAAAAACGGAUUUGAAAAUUCUGCCUGGUCAUUAGCUUCACCCAGAAUCACCGGUGGGUUUGAUUAUAUGUUCAUUUCCAGUAGUGUAGUCCAUUCCAAGAUACCUGCUUUGCCCUGAUGAUUUCAGCAGCUCCCAAAUAUUGGCAGGAGUUGAAGUCUAGGGAGCUUAAGUGUUGAUGAAUCAGGAUAUUAGAGGAGCUAUAAAAUAAAUAAAUAAACUAUAUUUGUGGAAAUCAAA